GCAGCAUUACGAGUUGUCAAAUUUUCGCAGAAAGCCAAGUUUGGCUAAUGCUUUUGGAAAAUAAUAAUUUUUUCCUCUUUUGUUAAUAUUUUCUUCAUUUUAUUUUGUGUAAAACCAUCAGCAACAAAUUGAACAAAUUAGUAAACAAGCACUUUAGUGUAAAAUGGUGGAAACUGACGAUGCAUCUGAGCUUCUUUUCUUCGACACUUUUUCGCACGAAGUGGACACGGAUAUCAAUCUCGAUCUUGUGCAAUUCCCAAAACCAGUAUAUAUUACACAAGUACGUAUAAUACCAUUGGGAGCACGCGUACAAGCCGAUUUCCCCGGUGGUGUGCGCCUUGGGGCCACAAAUCCCUCCAAAUUUGAUAUUGAAUUUUUCGUAAAUGAUUUGGGCAUGCCGGGUGCCUCGACAUUUGAAAAUUUAGGUCAAUUAAAAUAUAAUCAAAACGAUUGCAUUCACUUAGAAUGUACCCAAGAGAAAAUACCAACAGAUGGUUUAGUCUUACGUGGCUGGUAUAGUACGAUUACUUUGGCUGUAUAUGGUAUAUUAACAAAUUCGAUGAAUGAACCAAUUGCCAGUCCACCACCGCCACCUUGUGAACCAGCUGGCCCCGAAGAGAUAUGCAAUUUAAGUGGUAGUGGAGAAACACGUGAACCCAGUAUACCGGAGGAGGCAAGCAAAGAUGAAUGGAAAGAACCCCUACCGAGUGAAGUACCAGCACACAAGACGAAUCUUAGUGAUUUUGAGCGUGAUGAAUUAGAAUAUGGCGUUGGACGUAGCGGUCCCGGUGAGCAUUACCAACAUUCGGGAGACGAACGAGAACGUGGUAUACGCAAAACUUCGCAUUCCUCAGAACGUUCAUUGCCGUCACGUAAUCGCACACACUCGGAGAGCAAUGAAAGGGACUACGUGCGUUCACGCGGUGAACGCGAACGUGAAAAAGUGUCGCGAGACUGGUCACGUAGCCCGGAAUAUUCACGCCAUUCGCGUCGCAAACGUUCUGAGCGUUCACGUUCCGAUGCCGAGGAGUCACACAAAUGGCCACCGCGCACACCACCUGCCUCGAUUGACUCACCCACACGUCCACGUUCGCCCGAUAACAUGGAGUACGCAGAGGAUACUGUACAUUAUAAACUUAAAACGCGCAGUUAUAUGCGUUCCGACGAAUCACUGACGAAUGGCGCAGCCGAUACGCAACCUUUGGACGAUGACGAGACACCCGGUACGCCCGGCGAACAAUACGAGCCCAUUCUUAGUGAUGAUGAGAUUAUUGGUGAUGACGAUUCCAAUUCUGCAAUUGAUCAAGUUAUGGGCGAUGAUUUCGAAGCAGAACUGCUGGCUGCCGCCAACGCAGCUUUGCCGGCCAUACAGGAAUUUGAUCCGUUCACAAUGCCCAUUAGACGUUAUGAUAGUGAUUUGCAAGCACUAUACCACAAGGAAGUGGACACACUAUUCAUUAUAAUGGAGAAGUUCGAUGUGCAAACAAAAUGCGUGAGCGUAGACGCUUUCAAUGACCCGACAACCACAAUAGAAGAGCGUGAGAAUUUUGUCUACUUAAGCGAACAGCUUAUCAACCACUUGUCUUACAUUUGGCAAAACUUCAAACGACGUAAUUUUGUGCUGAAAAAGUUCUUCACGAACGAUGCAAAGUAUUUGCUGAAAUCUUUUAAUAUUUUAAAAAUUGCUUUAGAAUUCGAAUCGGCUUGCCUGCAACAGCAGCCGGCUUUCAAGAUACGUCACAUAAAAAUAGGCGCACGCCUUACUGAACUCUUUGCAUCGGCGCCGGUGUUUUUAGAUUAUCUGCUGCAAACGCAAAACUUUGACCCCUUCGUCGCGCUCUACAAGCUCUACCAAGAGAAAUAUAUGGCAGUAUCCAUCAAGUUAAUGUUGCUCAAAGCCAUCUAUGCUUUGCUUGGCACUAAGGAAGGCAUACGCCACUUCCUAGUUGGUGGCAACCUGGGCGGCUAUCAAUUGCUCUUCGAUACGCUGAAAGAAUCGCGUCUCACACGCACCAAAUUCGCUUUGCAAGCGAUCGUUAAGAAGCUGCAUUUGUACGAGGCGCUCGAAUGUGUGCGUGAAAAUUGCAGUAAACUCUUCGUGCUCACCAAUUACACACCAGCCGCGCCGGCGGAACAAUAUGUUGCCAUCGAACGUGCGAUUGAACAAAUUAUGGACGCCUUGACGCACAAUUCAUUAUCUUACCAGCAACCGAAACGUUUUCUACCCGCUUCCAAGAAAUUCGAAAUCACAGUUGACACUGCAGCGCAGCGCAGUUUUGCCAACGACUUGCAGGCCUACUUCGUGCUGCAUACAUUGGGUGAAUCGUUGCUGCUAUUGUUGGUCAAUGCCAAUGCGUUGCCGGCGACGCUGUUGUUGCGCGUGUUGGAUUUGUUGCAGGCAAUGCUGCAGACACAUGUUGGUGUGGAUUAUUUUGUGGACGAUUGCUUUGAAACUACGCGACUGUUGGUAGCGGUGCUACUGGGUAUUGAUGAAGUGCCCGAAGAUGUGAUGCCCACCGAGCAGGAGGACUUUGAAAUGAAAGUGAGUGAGGAACCAACACAACCGAAGCUGGAAACUAAUGCUCUUGAUGCCGCCGACAAACAGACAGUUAAGGACAGCACUUCCGCAACAACCACCGAUGCAAAGCCAAAAACCAAAGACACAGAGGAGCCCACAGAGCAGUCGGAUAACGUUGCAUCAUUCAAAGAGUCAACACCAGCGCGCAAUGAAGCGUCUACACAAUCGUUGCGCAGACCUUUGCUACAUCGUCUGCAGCAAAUCGGCGUAGAGUUGGCUUACAAAGUGCAAACACGUUAUCAUUUGGAUGCCGUUCUGCAUUUAACACGCGCUGAGCAGUACGAUAUCAUAAAACUAGCGACACAUUUGCAUGCGCUCUACUCGCAGACGUGUCAAUCACCCGGUCGUCAGCAUACCGUCGAAGUGAUCGGUUUGAACAACAACAUGCAGUUCUUUAUGGACCUUAUACAGAAGGAGCAACGCUUACAAGCGCAACGUCAACUUGCCUCACCGGGCACCAAAUAUAAGAGUCCAGUGCUGAGCUAUGCGGUGGAUAUGGUGGAUUGUUGUGUGCGUCAUUGCGAGCAGCUGGACUAUCUGAUUGAACAUGGUCAGAACAUAUUCGAAUUGGCGAAGAAUCAUGAAAGUUUCGAGCCCUCAGUAUCGGCUGUGCUGCAGGAGCUCUUUGUGUUUCUGAAACCUUCGGAAGCGAUACAAAUCUUCGCUUAUGACAAUAUAACGCCACUAGUCGACGUUAUUACGCGUUCCAUGGAGUACAUAACCACUUUUCCGGGUGACCUAAUUAUGGGUUUGCGCAUUUUGCGCCAUUUGGCAAUCGGUUCGAAUAGCAAAGCAUUCCGCAGCUCACAAACCGAGGAGCUGAAACAUCGUUUUGCCACGCUGCAGUUCUACGCCGCCGAUGGCGUACAAACAAUUAUGCAAAUCUUAGAGAAAUUGUGCUCGUACUUCGAGCAACCGGGCUUGCAUACGCCAGCGCUAAUGACGCUGCAAGGUCUUCAUUGUUGUCAGAUAAUACUGCCCGCUUUGCAGGUGCUACGCGCCAUGCUUUCGUUUGCAAUACAGUGUCGCGAUGCGGAAUUCAAGGAUUUAACCGCCAUCGAUCACCUUAUGAAGGCAUAUUUCCUCCUGCACUAUUUCCCCGCUGGCAGUCAAGCGGCACAGGCAAUCGCUGAGGCCAAACAAGAAAUCAUACAAAUCUUCCUGGCCUACACACAGCCAAAUGAACAGGAUGAGGAGUCGUUGCACAAGUCAUUGUGGACGCAAAUGAUUCGAGAAAUAUUGAAGAACAUCGAUGGGCCCUCCACCUUCCUACCAGGGUUGCAUGUGCUCGCCGAGUUGCUACCACUGCCGUUGCCAAUGCCGCUGCCCGCCGACGUGCACGUACCCGAAACGCAGAGUCAACGUUUGAUCACCGAACGCAAACUGUGGUCUGCUCAUUUGCAUCCGCUCAGCCCCCAAGUCGCCAAACUGAUUGAGACUAUUGCACCCACCACCUUUCCGCCUUUGGUGGAUCUCAUGACGAAAGUGUGUCUUCAACUCGCCGACUUGGCGCCGAACAUGACGCUGCUCAUCUCGAAAACACUUAGUGAUUUGCUCUGUGCCGAAUGGCAGUCAGCUUCGGGCACACCAACUGCACAAUUGGCACGCCUACUAAAUUUCUUUGCGCGUCUAACUUCAUUCGCGGCGCUGAAAAUUUCCUCCAUCUCUAUACUUAACGGCAAGCUGUGGGAACUCUUUCAUUCGGUGCUCUGCUACACGGGCGCUGCCUCGGAGGUGGUACACCGCGCCCAAUUGGCCAUACACCACAUUUUGAGGAGUUUCCUAGAUCCAAGCAUUUCUUUUGUAUCGCCGAAAUCAACAGCAUUGCCAGAGUUGAAUUUGGCCGCGGCAUUGCCGGCGAAGGAGCUGAUACCGCGCAUCAUUGAGGCUACAUUGACGAACCUUUUCAACAGUGAUGCGCAGCAGCAGGUGUGUGAGUCGGCGCUGAACAACUUGAAUUUGCUAACGGAAUUGGACAUCACGAUGCACUAUUUGACGCAGCAGCUGAAGCAAAGGCGCGCCGACUUUCAACAGUGGCUUGAAAAAUUCCUCAACGUUGCUGAGGGCGUUGAAGUGCGUCUCGCAUCCAUUGAACUGCUCAUAAACUUACUACAUUCACUUACGCAUGUUGCUGACUAUUUAAAACAACAAAAAACAUUACCCAUACGCACCUUGAAGUUGACCACUGCAGAGCUACACCAUCUUCUUGGCUACCAGAAGAAUGCCACACCCACACUAAUGCAACGUUUGAGCGACGCGCACACGAAAAGCAAAGAUAAAACGCCAACACAAAUAAAAACAGAAGAUGAUAGCACUACUGCCAGCAAGCUGCUUGCUGAAAUCACCACCGAGUUGGAAGCCACUGACGUCAGUGCAAGCGUAGAGAGUGAAGACGACAACGGCGCCGUCGGCGCGCAUGCCAUCGAGCCGACGCUGCCACAAAGCGAGGGCAUAGUCAUGCAGUUCGCGGCGCGCCCGAUUUUCGUAGAAGUCGACGCGGCGGCAGAUGAGCCACAGCUGCUAGCGCGCUAUUGGUUGCAGGUGGACUGCAUAGAUGUGGAUGAUAGCAAAUAUGAGCGCGUCGCUUGCGAUCUCACUGAAUUAGCUGCAGAGUGCUUAGCGCCCGAAACGAAUCUCACAAGCGAUUGUAAGCGCGUGUUGCAUUUGUCCGCAUCGCCGCAAUCGAAUCGUGAGCGCACACCCACAGCGCCGUGCUUCCGCACACGUCGUGUCGAAGUGGAACCGAGCACGGGACGACCGGAGAAGAAAAUCUACAUAACACCCGUACGGGGGCGUGGUUUUGCGCGUGCGCCACCCUCACGCGGCGAUCUCUUCCGCUCACGUCCGCCCAACACAUCGCGUCCACCCUCCUUACAUGUUGAUGAUUUCCUUGCAUUGGAGACGUGUGGCGCGCAGCCUACCGGUCCGACGGGCUACAACAAAAUACCGCCCAUGAUGCGUGGCUCACGCGUCGGUCGCAAUCGCGGCACACGCAUAUCGACGGCAGCAGCGUUUCGUUCACUUUACAGCAAAUCCAAGGUGAUGCGCACCGCAUCGCCGUCAACCUGGGCCGAUGGCGGCUCACCGCAUUAUCGCAGCGCCACCACCGAACCGCACUUUGGCGAUACACAUUACUCGAACAGUUCGCACUUCAGUGGGCGCCCUCGCGGUCGUGGCGGACGUCCACGUCCCUAUCUCCGUUAGUGUUUAAGCACAUGCGUUGGCAAAUAAUUUAAGUUGAAUCACUCUUUUUUAUUAAAAAACAAAAAAAAAUACAUAAGUACAUACAUAACUAAA